AUGUCGGCUUUCACUUCGAGAAUAAAUAUUCGACGAGCAAUUUUCACUCUCGGUUUAAAUUGUACUCGAAAUUAUUCCUUGAAACAAAUCACACCGAGAAAAUUUACCAUUAACAGGAAAGCUCAUAGCAAUAGACAAUUCUCUCAAAACUCAAUCUCUUGCAAUAAGCAUAAAGAAAAUGAAUCGAAGAUAAAAGAAACUCCCACAAAAGAAAAUAUUUGGACAAUACCUAAUUAUCUUACAUUAUCACGGUUAAUAGCUUCCCCAAUUAUAGGAUAUCUCAUAUUGAAUGAUCAUUAUGGUCUAGCAUUAAGCGCAUUUAUAUAUGCUGGUUUCACCGAUCUGUUUGAUGGAUUUAUUGCACGUAAAUAUGAUAUGAGGACGGUGUUAGGAACAGUGAUGGACCCAGCGGCCGAUAAAAUAUUAAUGACUAUUUUGACUAUUGUAUUAGCAAAGAAAGAUUUAUUACCGAUCCCAAUCGCCGCUGUUAUAUUGGGACGCGACGUAGGAUUGAUUUUUGCAUCGUUUUAUUAUCGAUAUAUCUCACUGCCACCUCCGAAAACAAUAGUAAGAUAUUUUGACAUGUCAAUCCCAUCCGCAGAAGUAAGACCAACGCUAAUUAGCAAGAUAAACACGGCCUUGCAGUUAACUCUGAUAGGUGUUACACUUGCCAGUCCGGUCUUUGGAUGGACGGAUGCUCAAGCUUUAAUAGCAUUACAAUAUACUGUUGCUUCAACAACGAUAUGGUCUGGAUUAAGCUACACGUUUUCUAAAAAUGCUGUAAGGAUUUUGAAACCACCUGUUAGAUUUAAGGACAAAUAG